AUGGUGCUCUCGACGCAGAUCGCGCGCGUCUCGGACGGCCUGCCGCUGGCGCAGUCCGUCGACGACAGCGCGACCGAGGCGGCGCUCUCCGAGUACAAGCAGCAGGCCAAGCUGCUCUUCCGGCGCAUCAGCCCGCAGGCCGAGGUGCGCUGCACCAUCGAGAGCGGGCCCAAGUACACGUUCCACUACCAGAUUGCGCCGCCGCCCGGGCGCGCAGACGCCGUCGUCUUUCUCAUCAUCACCGACCGCUCGUACCCGCGCAAGCUGGCCUUCAGCUACCUCGACGAGCUGGCCAAGGAGUUCGAGCGCUGCUACGGCGCACAGGUGGCGCAGCGGAAUCUGCGCCCGUAUGCGUUUGUCGGCUUCGACACAUUCAUGCAGCGCACCAAGCGGCUCUAUGCCGACACUCGGUCAGCGCAGACAGCAGUGGAAGAGAAGGCGGGCGGCGCAAACAGCUUGAACCGGCUGAACGACGACUUGCAAGACGUCACCUCGGUCAUGACGAAGAACAUGGAGAGCCUGCUGUGGCGCGGCGAGACGCUGGACCAGAUGAGCAAUAUGUCGUCGUCAUUGCGAGACGAGAGUCUCAAGUAUAGGAAAGCAGCCAAGCAGAUCCGCAUCGAUGCCCUGCUGCGCCAGUACGCGCCGAUCGGUGCCAUCGCUCUUAUCUUCCUCUUUGUGCUCUGGGUCAAGUUCUUCUAG